AUGUAAAAUUAUGAAAUUUUAGAAAAACUUUAUGAAUCUAAAACAACUGUGAUUCAUAAAGUUAGAAAUGUUAAAGAUAAUAAUAUUUAUGCAAUGAAAGAAUAUCUAGGAUUCCGUAAUUAAGGUAAUUUACUAUAUUUAAUUCAUAGGUUUAAAUGAACUCUAGUUAAUCAAAUAAUGUUAAAUUCCUUUUGUUGUUAAAAUAAAAGAAGCUUUUCUUUUAGAAGAAAAUGUUGUAAUAAUUAUGGAAUAUGCAGAUUAAGGAAAUCUGUAAUAAUUUAUAGGACAUCAUCUAGGUGUUUACAUUUAGGAAAGAGUUAUUUGUAAAAUUCUAAUUUAAUUGUCAUUUGUUUUAAUUUACCUUAGAGAAAAUUAAAUAUGUUUUAAAGGUUUAAAUCCUUAAAAUAUAUUGAUACAUCAGGAUCAAAUUAGAAUAGCUGAUUUUGGCAUAGAUAAUUUAAUUUUACAUUAAAAACCAAGUUACAGGCCUCCAGAAUUAUUAUUUAACAAUAAGUUUACUUACAAAUCUGUAAUGUAUUAAUUGGGAUUGAUCUUAUAUGAAUUAACUACAUAGAGAUGUCUUUUUAAAUAUGAUUUGAUUGAAUAAAUAAAGGCUGUCAUUCAUAAUGGAGGAGCGUAAUUGUAAUUAUAAUAUAAGAAUUGUAAAGAUACCAUCAUUUUAUUCUAAGUAACUUCGAUUUAUCAUUACUAAAUGCCUUGAACUUUAGGAAUCAGAGAGACUUGAUAUUCGUUAAUUAAUUCAUAAUGAAAAUUUUUAAUUUAUACUUAGCUAAAAGCAUAUGACUUUUACGUUUGAGUAAUAAAGUAUCUUCGAUACAUGGUGUAAUAUUAAGUUCUCAAAUGAAUAAUUGAUUAGUUUAGAUACACCUAUAAGUGAAAUUUAAAAUAAAGAUAGAUAAUCUAAUAACACAAUUUAUACAUAAGAUAAUAGAUUUAUCAAUAAAUCAAUUAUCAUAGAAACAAAAAUAAAAAAUACUAAAAAAUAAUAAAAAUAGAAUUUGUAAAAAUAAUAAGAAGAAAUAAUGCGUCUUAGACCACUUUCAUAAUAAUAAAAUAAAAUGACUCAAUCAAAUCCUAAUUUAAAAACUAAUAAUUUUUUUGCCAAAAACAAUUUUGCCUGUAAAAUUCGUAGAAAAGUAAUAUCCCCAUGUUUAAAUUAAAAACCAGAGAAUUUAGAUUCAAGUAUAAAACCAGAAGAGAUUAUCAAUAAUCUUAUUAAAUUGAAAAUGGAAUAAUGCAUUGAAACUAUUGGACUAGAAGAAACUCUUCAAACUUUAGAUUUCCUAAGAUAAGGAGGAUCUUUAAAAGAAUUUCUAUCUAAAUAUCAAGAUUCAAAACAUUUAUGCAUAGCAAAACAUUUGGAAGAUAUUAUAUAAUUUUCAUAAGUAUGA